AUGAAAUAAACCCUUUCCUCCUCUGAGCAUUUUUUUUUUAAAUCACAGCAACAGAAAAACAGACAGAGAUGUUUGGGACUGAGACUAGGGCUGGAAUCCUGGGCUUCGGCAUCCUUUGGGAAGAGCAGAAGGCCGGGGCCCCAGGCCAGCACUGAGCAUGGGUGGUGGAAGCUGUGACAGAGAGCUACAGAGAGACAAAGAAGCAGCAGUCACACUGGGGGCCACAGGAGGGCCCUCAGUGGUCUCCAUGGCUGGCCAGGACCCGACACUGAGCACCAGUCACCCAUUCUAUGACGUGGCCAGACACAGCAUCCUGCAGGUGGCAGGGGAUGACCGCCAGGGGAGACGCAUCUUCACGUUCAGCUGCUGCCGCUUGCCACCCUCCCACCAGCUCAACCACCAGCGUCUGCUGGAGUAUCUGAAGUAUACGCUGGACCAGCAUGUGGAGAAUGACUAUACCAUCGUCUACUUCCACUAUGGCCUCAGCAGCCAGAACAAACCAUCGCUGGGCUGGCUCCAGAACGCCUACAAGGAGUUUGACCGGAAGUACAAGAAGAACCUGAAGGCGCUCUAUGUUGUGCACCCCACCAGCUUCAUCAAGGCUCUGUGGAACAUCUUCAAGCCCCUCAUCAGUCACAAGUUUGGGAAAAAGGUCACCUACUGCAGCAGCCUGCGUGAGCUCCGAGAACAUCUUCAGUGCGACCAGCUGCUCAUCCCCCCAGAAGUAAUACGGUAUGACGAGAAGCUGCAAAACCUGCACAAAGGCCAUCUGCCCCCUCCCACUAAGACUCCGCCACCUCGCCCGCCUCUGCCCACCCAGCAGUUUGGUGUUAGCCUGCAAUACCUCAAAGACAAAAAUCAAGGUGAACUCAUCCCCCCUGUGCUGCAGUGGACAGUGACGUACCUGAGGGAGAAAGGGCUACACACUGAGGGUCUGUUCCGGAGAUCUGCCAGUGCCCAGACUGUCCGCCAGGUGCAGCGGUUGUAUGAUCAAGGGAAGCCGGUGAACUUUGAUGACUACGGAGACAUGCAUGUCCCAGCCGUGAUCCUGAAGACCUUUCUGCGAGAGCUGCCCCAGCCGCUGCUGACCUUCCAAGCCUAUGAGCAGAUUCUCGGGAUCACCAGUGUGGAGAGCAGCCUGCGUGUGACCCACUGCCGCCUGAUCCUGCAGAGCCUCCCUGAGCACAACUACACCGUCCUCCGCUACCUCAUGUGCUUCCUGCAUGAGGUGUCUCAGGAGAGCAUUUCAAACAAGAUGACCAGCUCAAACCUGGCAUGUGUGUUUGGGCUGAACUUGAUCUGGCCGUCACAGGGGGUGGCUUCCCUGAGCGCCCUGGUGCCUCUGAACCUGUUCACGGAGCUGCUGAUCGAGUACUAUGACAAAGUCUUCAGUGCCCAAGAGACCCCUGGGGAGCACACAGAGAACCCUGUGGAAACGGGACAGGCUGGCCCUGUCACCAAAGGAUUCACACAGACAGGCACGCCCCGGGCCUCACCGUACUUGCCUCGCCUCCGCGUCCCCUGACUGGCUAGAGACGACACCUCGAGUUGGAGAUGCCUCCUUGCAGACUAGGAAUCUGUGUCUGUUUGUCUUAUGAACUUACUGUCUGUAAGAAGAUGCAGGAAUUAAACGAACCAGAACUUUUCAGUGA